GAUGGAGGUUCUAGUUUUUAUUGAGCAUAAACAGAAAAUCCUCUACUACCAAAUCCUUUGCCCCCUUAAGCCGGCCCUAGCGCUAAGGACAACCACGAGACAUCCAUGUUUUGGAGUUUACUUUUGUUCAGACAUUUUACAGCAUUGCAGUAGUUGUUGACACGUGGACAAUGACAACAUUGCAUGAGUUGUUGACAUGUCAAUUACAAGUGCUGGUCCAGUGUUUGAAUGAUUAUGGUACCACAAGAAUUAAGAGUUUCUUGGAGGCUUGUGAUUGAACAUAGGGCAAUUGAACGGAAGAGUUACAGGAGGAGAGGAAAAUGGAGCCAAAAAUAGUAUGGAACCAAACUUGCAAUAGGUUCGAGUCAGAAGACAGGAAAGCAUUCCUGGAAUACGAGGAGAGAGAGGUAGAGGGAAAUGGAGGAGAGGGAAAAUCAAAAGUAAAAGUUAUGGACAUUACCCACACAUUUGUGCCAACUUCAAUGCGGGGGAUGGGCAUGGCGCAACAUCUCUGCAACGCGGCCUUCCGUCAUGCCCAACUCAAUUCUCUUUCCAUUAUUCCUUCAUGUUCUUAUGUUUCUGAGACUUUUCUUCCACGCAACCCUGACAUGAAAGCUAUAGUGAAUCCGCAAUACUUGAAAUCUCCUCGAUCAAAAAUGAGUUAAAUUUCACUGUUAUUUAAUAACUGAAGAAUAUGGAUUAAUUAGAUGAUACUGAGUUGAUCUAUGCUAUACCUUUGAUACUUUAUUUCAUGAUUAAUAUGUUUUAGUAUCCACCAUCUUUCUCACAUGCACAUACUCGUGUGAUGAAAACAAGCAUGCUAGAUUUGCUUUCAUCUUUCUCACAUGCACAUACUCGUGUGAUGAAAACAAGCAUGCUAGAUUUGCUUUCAUUCUUCUUAUAACCUGUUUAUUUAUCUUAAUUGAUCUGGUUAGGAUCCCAUGAAAAUCAGAUCUGUUGUAUAAACAGUAUCUUCAUAAUAAUUGAUAGUUAUUGUCUUGA